AUGCAUGAGAGUCGACCACUGGAUGAUAUCAUAGAGGUCAACGAAAAGAUGGGAACGAAUCCACCCGAUCGUCAACGGUUUGAAAAUGAUUUGGAAGAGUUUCACGUGGAAAUGCAGAAAAUUCGAUCACAGAUCCAAAUGAAAUGCAAGAAAUGCACAGACUCGAAUCCAAUCGAAAACGAGAUGAGAACUCAACGUGAGCAGCUACGUGUCGAGCUUGUCGAGCUGAAGCGUGGGGGUGACAAGAUCAAAUUGGAUAUCGAUGCUCAGGCAAUCUCUUUGGCGAGCCUGAUUCAGAACAUCACACUGCAAAUUAGCACAUAUUACAAAUGUUGUUUGCGUCGGUAUACUAAUUCUUAUAUUUUUCAGAGAAGAAAACAAUUGGAUUUGGAGAAGGACUGUCGUAUCCGAAACAAAGAUGUUCUGGAAAAGCUCCUUUCUGAAAACGAGGACCGCUACAAACUGAGUCUCUCGGCUCGUGAUGAGCAGGCUCUAGUUACUGAGAUUGACGCUCUUAAACGGAAUAAGAAGCAAUUAGAGUCUCUCGCGGAGAUAACCAGUGGAAGAAAGGCUAUGGAUAUAGAGCUGGAGAAGAAUCGGAAUAAGAAACAUAAGGUCUACAUAGAUCUCACGAAUCUUCAAAAUAAGUUCAAGAUGAUGAAACAGAAUCGAAGAAUGAUCGAAGAUGAGAUUCGCGACCUCAAGCAUCAAUUGCAGGGAGCCAACGAGCGCAAAAAGGAUCUUAUCAAUGCCUACGAUAACAACCGUGAAGAGUACAAAACUUGGCUGAACGCGAAUAAAAUGAACGGAAACAGUGUGCCGCUCUCGUUCCCAAGUGCACGCAAAAUGAAGGCGCCUAUCGAUGUUGAAGAAUUAGAGCCGUAUUACGAACAGAAGAGAGAUUGCAAUCGCCUUAUUCACUAUUUGGAACGCCUACAGACCACUUUGCAGAAAGACGAGCCAGUCAAAACAUCAGCGCCACCAACUUUGCAACUGAUUGAUGAUGACGAUGAUUCGGCGGAUGAGCUCCCACCACAGCUUAUCAAGCAUAAUGCAAAGAUUACGGUAGCACCGGCUCCAGUAGUCAAGAAGAGCUUCAAGAAGCCAACGCAACCGAUUUCUCACAACAUUGACAUCUACAAGUUGUUCGGAACCGUUGAUGUGGAUGUUCCUAAGACAUAUGCGGAUGUUGGCGCCUCAUUGAAAGCUGUUCGAGAAAAGUUGGACUUCUACAAUCAGCAAACUACAAACGAACUUGACUGGGGAGAGGAGCUCAAUGGAAUGGAAUUCCUCUCGGUUUCUCGCACUGCCAGCGACAUGGACUCCUUCAUGGAUGACUCAAUUUCCGAUAUUGGAAGUGUGUCGAGUUUUUACAGAGCGUCCAGCAGAACUAGCUGUCCAUCACCCUGGCUACUGAUGCUUCUCCAAAACGAUGGAUUGCUCAAACCUCUCCAACUGAAGCCAAGGACACCCCUGUGUAGUUAA